AUGGCUUCGGGAAACCCGCAGCCCGCCAGCGAUGAGGACCAUUCCGACAGCCACCCUCACCACCACCCCAAGAGGCUGAUCUUUGCGCCUGGCGAUAUCCAGGGGCCCCUUUCGGCCCCCGCAGCCGCAGCAGUGCCCAUCACCAACCAACCACUUGUCUCUCACCCUUCCUCCCUGCAGCCCCCAUUGCCUGAUCUCGACGAUCCCACACUCUCAGGCACAUCAACUCCCUCUGCCAAUGCUGCCGUGGUCUCUCGCGCCGCCCGUGCCCAUCAAUUCGUCACCAAUCCGCCCCUGACCAUCUCUCAAAUCCACCCCACCAACCCCCUCCACCAGUUCCACUCUUGGUUUCGCGACUCCAGACUGCAGCCUUCUCAAGCACCAGAAACAUGUACGCUGGCCACAGCCAGCAUGCCUUCAGGCAGGGUCAGUGCACGAAUCGUGUACCUGAAAGAGCUGGACGAGCGCGGCUGGGUUGUAUAUAGCAACUGGGGCAGCCGGGCGGGCAAAGGCGGCCAGGUAUUUGGGACUGAGACCGGUCUUGACGGGCAGGCACAGAAUGGGAGUGUAAUAUCGGACAGCGGACAGGGACGGCUACAGGCCAACCGGUGGGCAGCUCUCACGUUUAACUGGCCAAAUGUGGAACGUCAGGUGCGUAUCGAAGGGCUGAUCGAGAUGUUGAGCCGUGAAGAGAGCGAGACAUAUUGGCGAGUAAGGGAAAGGGGUAGUCAGAUUGGGGCAUGGGCCAGCCAACAGAGCAAAGUACUCUGGUCUACGGAGCCUGGAGAUCUAGGCGACGCAGCCGCCGGCUCUGAUAAUAAUGCUUGUUCUACUAGCGGAUAUAAAAAUUAUGCCACUGAUGAUGGCCGUACUACGUUGGAAAAUCGGGUCACGGAGAUGGAAAAAAGAUUUGCGGACACCGAAGAGAUUCCGCUGCCCCCUUUUUGGGGGGGUGUGCGGCUUGUUCCAGAGUCUGUAGAGUUCUGGCAAGGGAGAAAGAGCCGGUUGCACGACAGAUUCCGGUAUAUUAGAGUACACAGUGAAGACGAGCCGCAGGAAGAGGGGGAUGCAAAGACAUUUAGAUGGCGAAUCCAGAGACUCUCACCAUAA